AUGUCGCCAUUGUUGCCAAGGAGAACAAAAACGAUAUAUCUAAGACAAACAGACAAUAUUGUGGGAACUGGGCCAGCAUUUGAAAUAUCAUAUGAAGAAAUAGGCAUUCAACCGACUCUUAAAACAACUCUUUAUGCCAUAACAUGCUCGGUUAAAGAUAAGCCUGACAAUUCCAACCUAUGGAUUACGGCGAAACCAUCUGACGGUGGAGAUAUCUCAUAUUUUACAGGAACCUGGAAUAUGGAUUUCUGGUAUACAGUUCGAAAUGAUUCGAACAGUAGUACAACUGUUGUAUUCCACUUUUUUGGCCCUACAUGGGAAGGACAAUAUCAAUGUGUUAUUGAAUAUGAAGAUGCUGAUUUACCAUCGAUAUGGUCCCAAAAGUCUGUUUAUCUUAAAUAUACAACUAUGUCCCAGAUACAUGAAAUAUCAUUUGAUCGUGCAUACAUGUUGGAUUAUGAUCGACGACUAUUUUUGAAUAAUGGUUCUGCGCUUCAUUUGGAAUGCAAAGUUACUGGUGUACCAGUACCAAAAGUUGUAUGGAAAAAGAAAGGGCAUGACAACUUUAUAGCUCAGGGUACAAUGUUGGAUGUGUCAUCAGUGACCGAGGCUGAUAGUGGGUUUUAUUUUUGUACAGCCGACAAUGGUUUAGGCGAUCCAGUUAUAAGUUGGCAAACAUUAGAAGUAAAGGUAUUGGACUUCUUCCAACCAGAAAUGAAGUAUACAUCAGAACCAGUUAUAACAAAAACACUAGAAUUUAGCCAUGUAUGGAUGCAAGUGGUUACUGAAUUGGAGGUCUUGGUUAAUGGUUUUCAUCCCCCAGCCGUCACAUGGUGGAAAGAGACUGAAAGCGGAAGGGAGCAAAUUAUGAUAGAUAGUAAAUCUAAUCUUCGUUUCCAAAUGUAUGAUGGUUUUGUAUAUUACCCUGAGACAGAGAUAGAACACAAGCUGAUAAUCAAAGGUCUCAGGGAAGAUCAAGUUGGUGCAUAUGUUGCUAAGGCAGAAAACAGUCUUGGUGUUGCUGAAUUACAUUUCACAAUUAUUGCUUCUAGGUAUACAGCACAGAGAUAA